AGAACGGUUUGUUUUAAAAGCAUAACGUCAUACACAGGAUUGAUCGGUAUACCAUUAAACCAACAAAGCGCUGACCUGCUUGGCGAUGAGUUUGGUUUAUAUAAAGAAGCGCGGGACUCUUCCUCUCUCACUGGUAGCAUAACCACAACUCUAAGCAUGUUGAGGAUAAUCUAUAUUCCCAUUCUUCUCAUGGUCUCUGUCAACUGUCGCUCUGAUAUACCAGAGGAAGACAUUAUGGAGGACCUGUUCUAUAGCUACAACAGACAUGCUCGUCCGUCUACUGGUCCUGACCAUACUGUGAAAGUAUCACAUAGUCUCACUCUCACCAACAUUGUUACCAUGGAUCAGCGCGUGUUGACAGCAGACACGUGGCAAAUGAUGAAAUGGCAGGAUAGCCGGCUAAACUGGAAUCCAGACGAUUACGCGCAGGUGGAUCACAUCAACAUUCCCGACGAUCUUGUGUGGAUUCCCGACAUUAUAUUAUAUAACAAUGCCGCCGCUACAUCUGGAAAGACGUACGCCAGCAUCCGAGUGAUCGUCGACAAAGACGGUAACGCCCAAUGGAUUCCGGGUACACGAGUAACUGCUUACUGCGAAAAGGUCAAAGGUUCAGACCGCAGUAACGUAAUGGCGGGGGAUUUCAAAUGUCCACUAAAGUUUGGAUCAUGGACAUAUCACGAAGCGGAUUUGAACAUGACUAUUGAUGGGGAUGGUUUGCUGAUGGCAGACUACAGCGAAAAUCCUGAUUACCAGAUCGUCGACCAGGAAGUAAAACGAGAGAACCUUUAUUAUGCCUGUUGUCCAAAAGAACCAUUUAUAUCUAUUACAUACACCAUAUGGCUAAGGCGAAAGUGUCAUCAAACCGUGACAUCAACAAAGGUUUGUGGAAACGGCAGUAAUGCACAGUCCGACACUGUUCCUGAGGAUGGUGCUCCAAGUGAGGCUGAAACAGAUGAGUCCAAUAAAGAUACGUCUGCUGGCAGUAACGAUGGUAACGAUACGGAAGGCAAUGGCAACACUGACGAUUCUAUCAAUGAUGGCGAUGACAACGCAGACACGGAAGACAAUGAUGAUCAUGAUGAUACAGGAGAUGACGAUGAGGAGGACACUGAUGACGACACUCAAAAUGGAGACGACAACGAUUCCGACAUUAUAAGUCAAAUGGCUCAUGGGACCGCUGUGGAACACAAAGUCCAACCUGUUGUGCAAUCAUAGGUAUUUUUUUUUAUGAAUUUGGCACAAGAAAGACAAUUCUUGUUCACAUGAUAUUUUUCUGAUCAUUACUACUUUCUUUUUCGGUACAUUUUAUUCAGUUGGAAUAAGUGUGUAAUAGAUGAACAGUUUGAUAAAGCAUUUUCCUACCCUCUGUAACUACAAUUGAAAUAUUAACUCUAACGACUUGUCACUUUCUUUGUGUGUACUAGAGCCGAGGAUAUAUUGAACGAACCUCAUAUUUCAGUAUCUGAGAAUGUACGAGAAAAUAUGCUUUAAAUACUUCAGAACAUCAAAAAAAUUUUGUCCUGAAAUGCUCCUUUCUAUGAAGUCAUUGUAACAUCUGAUUCCCUGGAUCUGGUAUAUAUUGAAACGUAUGUUGGUGUGAUAUUUAUGGUAUAUUCCGCUGUAUAUACAGCUUGAUUGAGUUGAUACUUUGUUAAUAUUUUGUACUGUAAAUGUUUUACCAGUGAUACCAUUUUUAGAAUUACUUUACCAAGUAUCACUGUGCAUGUAUCACUGUUCAUGUAUUAUGGUCCUAGUAUCACUGUACCUGUAUAACGGUUCUAGUAUCACUGUACCUGUAUAACGGUUCUAGUAUUACUGUACAUGUAUAACGGUUCUAGUAUCACUGUACCUGUAUAACGGUUCUAGUAUCACUGUACCUGUAUAACGGUUCUAGUAUCACUGUACCUGUAUAACGGUUCUAGCAUCACUGUACCUGUAUAACGGUUCUAGUAUCACUGUACAUGUAUAACGGUUCUAGCAUCAAUGUACCUGUAUUAUGGUUUUAGUAUCACUGUACCUGUAUAACGGUUCUAGUAUCACUGUACCUGUAUAACGGUUCUAGCAUCACUGUACCUGUAUAACGGUUCUAGUAUCACUGUACCUGUAUAACAGUUCUAGCAUUACUAUACCUGUGUUAUGGUUCUAGUAUCACUGUACCUGUAUAACGGUUCUAGUAUCACUGUAC